GCAACAUCAUAUACUCUCGAAAAUCAUUUUUAAGGCAAUAACAAACUAGGGUUUAUCAAAUCCCACUCAUUUCAAUUAAAAAAAUGGCAUUUUCAUCUGCUUUUCGUCGGGUAAUAAAUGGAUCAUCUUCGAUUAUGACGUCACCAUUUGCGUCAGCUCGUUUCAACUCAACCCUCACUGCCCCUAAGCUCUUUAUCAGCGGUUUGAACAGAAAUACUACUGAUGAAAAACUUAAAGAAGCAUUUGCUCCUUAUGGCCAACUUGUUGAAGCAAAAGUCAUCAUGGAUAGAGCCACCCAAAGAUCAAAGGGGUUUGGCUUUGUCACAUAUGCAUCAAUUGAAGAAGCUGAGAAGGCCCGUGAAGGAAUGAAUGCAAAGUACUUAGACGGAUGGGUUAUUUUUGUCGAUCCUGCAAAACAAAGGGAAUACAGACCUCCUCCUCAACCCGAAUCACAGCAGUCAUCUGAUCUGGGUUACAAAACAAACAAGACUAUCGGUUGGUGUGGCAAUUAGCAGGUUCACCUUUUGCCUCUGCCAUGCGGUUGAUAUUGUUUACAGAUCGUCUUAGACAUUUUGGGGUCACGUAAAAGUUAUUUAUUCUUAAGAAAGCUUACUAUUGAAACUGCUGUUCUCGUAUUGAAUUUGGUAGCAGGAUUCUCUGGCAUUAUGAAGAAUUUCGUCUUGUGGCUUCUUAGUUCUUACAAAGAAAUGCAUGGUUUAUAUAAUUAUUGGAUAUUUGGCCAUUAUAAUGGUUUUUAGAGAUGUUAAGAGUAUUUCUGUAAAACUUUCUAGUUUAAAAAUUUGCUACCUUUAAAUACCGAUUUAGUUUUA